GAGGCAGAGGGACUGUAGCAGUGCUGUGUGUUGAGCAAUGUUUUCCCUGUUGCCUCACUGACCAUCUCUGUUCUUGUGUGCCCAGCGUCAACAGCAGCCUGUCCAGUGAUGAGCUUCUCCUGGAAGACUUGGAGACAGAAGGAGAGCGGCAGCUGAAGAGCCUCCUUCACCACCAGCUCGAUACCACUGUCUCCAUUGAGCAAUGCAAGUCAAAGCGCAAAUGCUUCGCCCCUGCAGCUUUUUACAAGCCUUUUGGGGAAGAGGCUGCAGGGGCCUUGACCCUGUCUCAGUUCCAAGCCCUGCAGGAGAACAACAAAGAAACUGCCUCUCUCCGGGAGCUGGGGCUCUCCGACUCGGAGAUCCUGCUCUGGAAGAAUCGGGCUUCAACAGCAAAGGGCUCUGGGCUGGGAGCAGCCCCGGAGGCCACGCAGGACCGACUCCAUGCCAUCCAGGAGAAGAAGCAUUCCUUCCUCCGGGCGCUCUACCACGAAGAUGACACUCAGAAGAGGAUAACAGAUGUAAAGGACCCCAUGGGUCAUCUGGAGAGUGUUUACCAAGAGCUGCUCUGCAAGAAGCGUCCUGAAGAAGUCCAGCCUACCAAGAGUGACCCAUGCCUGUGCCCUUCCCCGGCCCUGCAGGGACCUGUGGCUGAGGAGUCAUCACUUCCAGAUCAGGAAGAGCAGGCAGAACAGGAAAGAAGUCCCAGCCUGCCUGCAACAAGUCCCCACCAGCCCCCUCCAAGUCUUGUGGUUAUCAAAGACCCUGUAGAGUUUGUCCCAGAAGAGGAAAUCUGCAAGAACCGUCUCUCAGAGGAAGAACUCCGGAGUAUCCCCCGCUUCUCAUCCUACCACCCUGGGGACCCCAGCAAGGUGCUGUACUUGAAGAAUCUGGGCCCUCGAGUGACAAUGAAGGACCUGGUGUCCUUGUUUGCUCGGUUCCAGAAGGAGGACAGCCCACCGAUCCAGUUCCGCCUCCUGAGCGGCCGGAUGAGGGGUCAGGCUUUCAUCACCUUCCCUGAUGUUCAGUCGGCGCAGGACGCCAUGCACUUGGUGAACGGGUACAAGCUGCAGGGGAAGCCACUGGUCAUUGAAUUUGGGAAAAGCAAAGAGCAUUCACCAGAGGCUGACCCUGCCAUUCCCUGCUCCUCUGCUGGAGAGAACCCUUCUGCCAAGUAA